UGACGACGAAGACGCGAGGCGGAAAUAAAGAUGACCGCUAGUAGUCGGCGCGCUUCCUCUUGGGUUUGUUGUGUUCAGCACGCUCCACAAAGAUGAAUGCGCCUCCAGCUUUUGAGUCAUUUCUGUUGUUUGAGGGGGAGAAGAAGAUCACAAUCACAAAAGACACCAAAGUCCCCAACUCGUGUCUAUUCACGCUGAACAAGGAGGACCACACAUUGGGCAACAUCAUCCGCGCACAGCUGCUGAAAGAUCCUCAGGUUCUCUUUGCUGGUUAUAAAGUUCCUCAUCCUCUGGAACACAAGAUUGUCAUCCGAGUGCAGACAACACCUGACUACAGUCCACAGGAAGCCUUCACAAAUGCCAUCACUGACCUCAUCAGUGAGUUGUCCCUGCUGGAGGAGCGCUUCAGAGUGGCCAUCAAGGACAAACAAGAAGGCAUUGAGUGACGUCACUCCUUCACCUACAAUGUUUUCUUAUUGUAAAUAAAGACUUUCACAUUGUC